AUGAGCAAGGAGGCCUUCAUCCUCGCCGAGAAGCCCAUGGAGUUCGCCCUAGACCCCAGCGAGGUAAGCACAACAGCCAUUGGCAGGCUGGUCACCCGUUACCAAGCCACCGACGUCCUCCCGCCGCCCGAAGACUUCAUCGUCGUCAGCGACCAAGCCAAGGCCGCCGCCGGCGGCGACUCGAGCGAAGGCAUCCCCGCGACCGUCUCAGUCGUGGCCAACGUGUGGGACAAAGAAAGCCUCCUCGAGGUCAUCGUCGCCGCCGAGGCCUACCGCUUCAAGGAUUGGGAUGCAAAGUUCACCGUGCACGACCCAGAACCCGUGGUCGAUGAGUUCCGUGUAGCUGGCUUUGCCCGCGUCGUCGUCCCGGUUCGGCGCGAUUUUGAGGGGAGUAUCGACCACUUCAUGCAGUUCGGUGAGACGUGGAACGGUGGCCCGCUCCCGUCCAUCACGAGCGGGCAGUACUUGCCUAUCGCCGAGAUUGUCGAGCGCACCGGCAACCCCGAGGGCGAAAGGCCGCAAGGCGAGUCAUGGGAUGUGGUCGUGCCGACGACGCUCGUCAAGUCGCGGCCCGAUGAUCGCCUGCUAACCUGGCAUAAAGAUGAGAAGGGGAACUGGGUGCCUGAUGCGAACGUGUGAAUGUUCUAUCGCUUGGAACAGUAUCUUACGUUUGAGGGGAAAGGAAGCAACUUAGCAGAAUGGCCGGUUGAUAGAUUUUUGGGAUAGCGAAUACAGGAAGGGCCGUAUAAUGAGAUAUCCUGUGGACACAUAGGAAAAUUGUCAUGUUAGCGGAAGCAAUGAUGCGAUUGUUGAAGGAUGUGCAGCGCUAGCUAGCAAGAAGGUGUUCUGUUUCCGAGAUUCCCU